AUGAUUAGUAAGCUGGUGUCGAGAAUCUUGACUAGAACGGCUCUCAGGGAGUUGAUGGAUCGGACGGACUCAGCCGCUCAGGGAAAUAUCUUCGAGCGGUAUAUGAUGACUGUUUUCAGCGAGACAUUCAAGUCGCGACGUCUCUCUGAAUGGCCGCAUCAGCCCCCGAUCUUGGAGAUGAGCCCUGAUCUUGCCGGCGAGGUGGAGAUUAUGAAGCUGCAUCAGAGUUCAUCAAAACUCUACAAGAAGCUCUGGGAAAAGGCACUGGCCACGGUUUCGGCGUCUUGCAUUCAGGACCAUGCCAAGAAUUUCCGGAACUUCUGCCCUGACAACAUCUUCAUCAGCAUGGUUGUCGCCUACCCCAUGAUAUGUGCUCCCAAGUUGCCACCAGCCAUCGAUGUCCCCGAGAAGGACGCGCAUGGCAUGCAGCAGGUCGUGAUACGUGUCAGCGACACCAACUUUGGCCAGAUCUUUCCCAAAGAGCAUGUCAAGUUCAUUGACAGGCUCAAGAACGCCGGAAAACGAGCAGCCGACGACGUUGACAGUGAUGACGAAGACCGUCCUAAAAAGCUAAGGAUAUGA